AUGGAAACGCACGGAUCGGGGCUCCGGCGCGUGUUGGUGUUCGGAUUCUGCGUCGUCGGAAUUUGGUCUGCUUAUAUCUACCAAGGCGUGCUUCAGGAAACCCUGUCCACGAAGCGAUUCGGGCCAGAUGGGAAUAGGUUCGAACACCUUGCGUUCCUCAACUUAGCCCAAAAUGUGGUUUGUCUAAUCUGGUCAUAUAUAAUGUUAAAGCUUUGGUCUAGCGGUAAUGCUGGAGGUGCGCCUAUGUGGACGUACUGGAGUGCCGGGAUUACUAACACGAUUGGACCCGCUAUGGGGAUCGAAGCGUUGAAGUAUAUCAGUUACCCGGCUCAGGUCUUGGCAAAGUCCUCAAAAAUGAUUCCAGUGAUGCUGAUGGGUACUCUAGUCUACGGCAAAAGAUACAGCUUUCCUGAAUAUGUUUGUACUCUCCUUGUUGCCGGAGGGGUAUCCAUAUUUGCACUCUUGAAGACUAGCUCAAAGACGAUUAGCAAGUUGGCACACCCAAAUGCUCCCCUUGGAUAUGGACUAUGUUUCCUCAAUCUUGCUUUUGAUGGAUUCACAAAUGCUACCCAGGAUUCAAUAAAAGCAAGGUAUCCAAAGACGAGCGCUUGGGAAAUAAUGCUAGGCAUGAAUUUAUGGGGUACCAUAUACAACAUGAUCUACAUGUUUGGCUGGCCACAUGGCAGCGGAUUUGAGUCGGUUCAGUUCUGCAAGCAGCAUCCGGAAGCAGCUUGGGACAUUUUUCUCUAUUGUCUCUGUGGUGCAGUUGGGCAGAACUUCAUUUUCCUAACCAUAAGUCGUUUCGGUUCCUUAGCUAACACCACCAUUACCACAACCCGCAAGUUUGUAAGCAUCGUGGUGUCUUCGUUGCUGAGUGGCAAUCCCCUGUCAACUAAGCAAUGGGGGUCUGUCGUCAUGGUGUUUUCUGGGCUGUCGUAUCACAUCUACCACAAGUGGAGGAAAUCGCAGAGAGCGCCGAAGAAGAGAAAGCCAAUGUAAUAACAAUUUUGAUCUUACAUAUUCACAACCCUUCUUUCCCAAAUUUUACAUCUCUUGUUCUUUCCCUCCGUAGUCGUAUCAAGCAAUUUGUAAUUGAACAGACCCUCUAUAGCUAUAGAGAGAGUAUUCUAAACUUUUUGUAAUGUACGCUUUCUCAUUAGUAAUGUUUUGGUGGCAAUCAAAGAGUUGAAUUAUCGUAA